UGGGCGCGUCGUGCCGUUUUCUCCUCGGCCCAUGGCGAGGUCCUGAGAGCUUUUGUUGCGGGGAGAAGAAGUUUCUUUAGUUGCACCUUAUCUCCGUCCCGCGCGGAGAUACCUUGCUCGACGCCGAGACGAUGGUGAACGACGUGGUUCUGUUUGUGUUUUCCUUAUUCGACACGGGAGCCCUGCUCUUCCUUACCGUUUAUGUCGUGAUUACGCUGUCUGAUUUAGAAUGCGACUAUCUCAACGCUCAGCAAUGUUGUUCCAAGCUGAACGGGUGGGUCCUUCCAGAGGUGAUCGCACAGGCUGUUCUGACCGUUCUGCUGUUCUUCGUCAACUUCCACUGGAUAUUGUUCGGUCUCAAUGUCCCCAUGGUCGUGUGGCAGGUUUACAAGUACCUCUCGGUACCUGACUGCAACUUCGGAGUGUACGACCCGACGGAGAUCCAUAACCGGGGCAACCUCAAGCGGCACCUUCGGGACUCCAUGAUCCGGCUGGCAUUUUACCUCAUUUUCUUCUUCAUUUAUCUAUACUGCAUGAUCAUUGCCUUGCUGACGUCCAAUCCUGACACAAGGCGGGAGACCUACUAGGAGGUGUGAACCGGCACUCCUCUUCGUUUCAACGUCUCCCACGUGCAAAUGGAGCGCCUGUUUUGCGUACCACACCAGAGACGCUCCCAAUUGAAGAGCCCGAGCCGACAAAAUCUUGCCGCAAACCCACUUGCGGCUCGUGCGCACACGCACGAGGUGUCUGCAAACACCACGCUACGCUCGAGAAACUCGAGAGAACUGGUCAUUUCAAGUGUCGACAAUACUCACUAGUUUCCUUUUCGUUCCAAAUUUCAGCAUUGCAUUUUUUCGCUCUCGUCAUUUCGCUAAGUUUGUUCCUCUCCUCAUCUUGAACCAUGGCCUUCCUUGUGCCAUCGAAAACAUGGUGGCACUUGUGGGUUCACUGUAGAAGUUUUUAAGCAUCGGUCAUGGAGCUUGAAAGUUUAGUCUGAUGGGUUCACCUCCUUUCAGAUUCCUGGAUUGAAUGCAUUUUUAAUAGCAAAGCUUUUCUUAGUUGAGCGUUCGCCGUCUUUUGGCGUAACGAGGGCACGUCGUGCUUGGCAACAUUGCUUGCACUCUAGCGCAGCUGUGAUAGGAGUAUGUACAAGUUUUGGCGAGUGUGCUUGUGAAGUGGACCAUGGCUGCAAUAGAAUGCAACCGUAGUUCGCCGGCGUGGCCGUCAACCAACAUGUCGUUGCCCUGUUACUUAACACACAAAGUGUGAUAUCAAAAGAAAUGAUACAACACAUAGACAUGUAGAAAAAGAUUGGCAAAGCUUAAACAUAUAAAGACUUGUAAAAAAAGAAAAAUAGAAAGGCAGUGGCCCGACGAAGGGGCCAUCGGCUGUGCUGUUUCGACGGCUUUCACGUAGUGGAGCCUGCUGCAUUUUGUUUUCAUGCAUGUGUCGAGAGUUUCACUAUUUUUGGUAGUAUGCUAGUUUUAUUUUAUUUAUGAAUAAUGCGACCCUCAACUGAGGUGACGUAACACUAUCGCACAGGGAAGACUACAAUAUAGCUGAGAGAAGGCGCGUCGUCGAUGUGAUUGUGCUACACCUUCGUUUAUCUUAGCUGUCAUUUCAAUGGUCCUGCGACAAAGUUCGGUAUAAAAGGGCCGCUGUAGUUACUAAACGUGUUUCGUUAUGAUCGGGGCACUGUUUGUAAAAAGUAAAAGUGCUUUUGGCGAUAGAUUUUGACUCAAGUACGAAACUCUGUUUCUCAGCUGUACACAAAAAAUUUAUAACAUGUACUUUGUAACCAAGUUUGUUUGUGGCUAGCACUUCUUUGAAAUUUUGGUGUAGAUCUUCUCAGGCUACAUGCACACCACUUUAUUGCCAAAGGUGUAUCAGCUAUCAAAGCCGAAUGUAGAUUGGAUGAUAUUGUGCUGUAUGAGGUCUCAGUAGCCUGGUUGUUUAUCUUCUGGCAAAGCUUCGUUUCGCCUUGUAAGCACCAGCUUGUGCUUUCAGUGAUAUUUUUGUUGAUGGCAUUGUCAGCGACGUGGUUUACCUUCUAGUAAGCACUCUUUCGCUUGUACUGGCUCAGUUUCUUAUGACUAUCCCAUAAAAGGUUUCGUCUUUUCGUUUUUCCCCAUGUUCUACAUUGUUGCUUGUACGGUGCGUCUCCGAGGGUUAAAUCAUUUCAAUGGCUUUGACUAGUUCAUAACACGGCUAUUCUCUUCAUUCUAAUUGCUUACAGUUAAAGGAGCACUAACAUUAAAUUUACUGAUGUAAAGAUUUUUGCGUCAAUGAAUAGCUAUCGACACUCUAGUAGCGAUUCGUGUCCGCAACUGCGGGACACAUAACUAUUACUUUUAUUGAUUCAUAUCACUGGUACCUAGCACGAUUCAAAACCGCCGGCAAUCCCGCUAUUUUUAGAGCUGGAUGUGCUACCACUGGCGCCACCUCACGGUCACCUCCACACCACGCUACAGCUUACCACUUCACAGAAAAGAGGGACGUCAGGCCAUGCUGCUUCGCAAACGUUGCGUCUGCUAGGCGCACACAUUCAGUCAUGCCUUGUCACAUGCAUUGCCGUCGUCGCCGUAAAAAGUGCCAAUUAGUGUUGAAUACGACAGUCUGGAGCUUGGAACCUCAGUGAUUUGCGACAUUGCCAAUCAUUUUUGCUUCGCUCGACCUUUUGUAGAAGAGCGAUUCCGAAAUGGACGCCAUUUCGAGCAGCAAUGAUGACGUGCCUGAUGAUGCAUGCUUCGGCUGAGUUCGCUCGUGCGUCUAAAUUAGCUAUAUUAGUGUGUGUGGCGUGCACAGCAUUCAGCUAUACGCAAGGGGGUCAAUGGAAUAACGGUAUAGGGAAGCGCACCAGAGGAGAAAUAAGAAGCAAGAAGCUGCCAGGUUCUUGCUUGCACCUCCAGAUGGCCCUACCUAUCUGGCCUCUCACGGCAGCGGCAGUAACUUGUUAUUACGCAGACGCAAGGAAGUCUACGGAUGAAGUAAAAUUAACUAUUAACGAUACCUGUGUGUUAAUUGUUAGCGAUGAUAUGUCUGUAUGCUGCUCCACUUUGAUAGUUUGUGGUAGUGUUGCCGUGUAACAUGCGCGUAGUGAAAAGACACCCUCACUGUGGUUUUUUCGCUCUUCGAACUAGACGACUGCAACACACAACGGUUCUCCGCCACCCUGCCUGAUGAGCACACAUUUAAUAAUGCUCUUUUCUUUGGCCGAUCUUUUAUGGGCGGUUUGCAUCUUGGUAAUUUCACGAAAUCAUUCAAAGCGGUUCAACGAAGAUCACACAUGACGAGUAAGUGCGUUUCCAGGCUUUGGAGCCAAGAUGAAACACUCGGAUCGUAGACACUAUCGCUACUAGUGCAUCGUCGCUCAGGAUGGUAUGCGGGGAAUGUAACACGCUGAACACAUAGUACUAGUGUCGAUGUCACAGGGGCAUCUCAUUUUUCAUUAAGCUCUUGUACGCUGUUUGCUGUCAAAAUAGAAUAACAUUCAAUAGAAUAACUUUAAUAGCAAUCGAAUUAAGAGCACAUCUAGAUUUUGAAAUUUUAUGUCAGUGCUCCUUUAAUAAUUCUUUAAGCAUUUGCAAUGUCACGAUAAACUAGUUUCAAUGAGCUCGUCGCACGUUCAUGCUAAGCUAGUAAAGGUGUGAAAUGCAAGGUUUUCGCUUUUCUUGGCAGGCAUUCUGUAUUGAUUAUAAGUGCAUCGUAGCUCUGUCCCAAGCGUGUGGAAAUUCAACGUUGCGUAAGCUUGUGUUUUACACCUGAAACGAUGUAAACAUGAGAAUGUGAAGUGUUUACACGUUCUUUGGGUAGGUGAUUGAGUUAUGACUGAAAGCAGCUAUGAACGUCAACAAUUCCUUCCUUGAGUAGCUGUCUGUGGGUGUCGCAUGUGAACAUGUGCUGUUUGAAAGGUUUUGCAAAAAUGAAUGAACUGUCACUGAACGUGGAAUUUGUCCAGAAAUUUUGUCAGGGCUUGUGCUAUGAGUGGUGUUUUUUUUUUUUUUACCUGGAAGUGUCCAUAACAAAUGUGUGUCUUUUAGUGUUUUGGCGAGAGCUAUUUUGUAGCAGUACGUUCAAAUAAAAGAAAAGUUGUAGCGGUAACUGAUAGCGCAUACCAAUCCUGCUCAGCGGGAGUCUGCAUUGCCGUCUUGGAGUGUUAAACUGGCUGUAGUUUUUGGUACUUGCUAGUGCUAAUACUUUUUAAGCACGGUUAUAUACGCAGCACUUCUUGCACCCAAGAGCACCUUUACAACUAUGUGCUGUACGUUUUUCCGAAUAUUGUGUCGCUGUAGAAGUAUGUUUCAAACUGUUUUGAGGAGAGGCAAGAACAUUUUUCAUUUCAUUUCGCCGACACCAUGUUUAGGUGCCGUGGUAAUUGGCCGUUACAUACAGAAUAAAUUCCUAUUGGAUUUUUGCGCAGAA